UCUUCUUGCUUUUUUUUUCAUCAUUAUUCUCUCUUUAUACUUCAUAUUAUUUAUCUUUAAGCUAAACCCUAAGCGUUCUUAGAAUAAAGCAAUUCCAAUAUCCUGCCCAUAGCGUCCAUAAAUCUCUGUGAGAAUCAAAGAAAAUUCCCUCCGGAAAUGAUCAUUUUGACCCAGAUACAAAUUGGCGCGAAAAUUUGCUAACCCGAAUACCCCACGAAUUGAACCGAACCUCUAAAUGCAAAAGCCGAAGACGAAGGCUACGUUCACGGCAAAACAAUUGAAAGGUUUCUCCUGUGAAUUUCCAUCUCGAGGUGUGAACGAAAAAUAAAAAUAUGGAAAAUUCAACAAAAUUCGAGGGUCGACAGGCAAAAAUAGCGGCUCUGCGUGAAGCUAGACGGAAGAAAAUCCUUGAAAAUGGUGAAGAUCGCAUUGGAAAAAUCACCGGAAGACCACCACAGGAAAACAAGGCAGAAAGACUUCCUGUGGAUGAAAUAUACCCCGAUCCUGAGCUUGAGCCCAUCCCACAGUUCAUCCCGAGGGAAUUUUCGAGGGAAUUUUCCGGAAAUUACGGGGCGAAUGCACAAACCGAUGAUAUUCUCCAUUUGCUCAAUUCAAUGCGGAGUCAGGGGGAGAAUGGAAUGCCCCCGGGGAGGCCAUGGGCUGGCCCAGAGAAGCCCCCACCUCCGGGGUUGUUUUCACGCAUCCUCCGCACGAAGGUACACAUCGCCUUAAUUGCCAUUGGGGUGUACAUCCUCUUUGCCACGGGGAAUGAAAACAUCUUGGGCGGGAAUGUCUUUGUGAGCCUCCUCCUGUGGGAAAUGGCUGAAAUUCUCAUUCUCAAAACAUACCAAAGUCGCAGCACCUUUGCCCUGAUACUCUUCGUCAUUGGGCGCAUCCCGGAGCAAUACACAGCGUCUGCGGUGAAGAUCUUCGAAACAAUUCACAAAGUCCUUCAGGAUGUGGCUGUUUUUACAUUCUUCUUCGUCCUGUCCCACCUGGGGUGGCACAAAUUCAUCCUUGGCACGGAUCUCAAUGCCCUGGGGCAGGAAAACUUUGAGCGAAUAUGACCUUAAAGCCCAUUUCCUUUCUAAAUUAAGGAUGUUUUAAUGCGAAUAAACUGUCUGACUUACAAAAAAAAAUUAAAGAAAAAAAUCCUGAGCAGGAUGCACGACUUAUCCGGAUGCAAUAAGAAUAAAAAAAAACUGUACAGAGGCA